AUGAAGUUAUAUCCAGACUUAUGGAAGGUGGUAUUUCAGAAGCUGCCGGUGAAAACACUACUACGAUUACGAGACGUCUGCAAAUCUUGGCGUACAAUCAUCGAUUCCCCUGCUUUCAUUACAGAACACUUUCAACAUUUCAACGACAAUUCUUACAAGAAUCGGUUACUACUAGUUGAAAGAAUUGGACGCAAUGAAAGGUCUAAACUAGUAAUCAGAGUUGUUAAGCCCACAUUUGAAGAAAUUGCCCAAAUUACUACUGUACAUGGAGAUUGCAGGGUUUGGGAUAUCUUGAAUGGUUUGUUUUUGUUCCAAGAAUAUGUUGAUACUAUUACACAAACACAGUAUCCAUUGUUGAGGAUAUAUAACCCAUAUGUUACAAAAACUUUGAUACUUCCUCCUUGUCCGAUGCUCGACCACCUCGUCAACAAAUUUGUUUUGGGGUUUGAUCCUUCUACUGAAGAUUACAAGGUGAUUGGAUUUAGAAUAAGGAAAUUAUCGUCAGAGAUCGUGGUUUAUUCAUGUAAAAAUAAUUGUUGGAAGACCAAGACUGUUGAGAUGAAUGAUGCAAUUCCGUUUAGUGGUAUGCAAUUUCAGCAUCAUUUCUGUCAAGGGGCAGCGCAUUGGAUGAUGAGCGAUGGAGCUCGAAAAGAUGGCGUGUUCGAAUACACCCAUGUUCUUUCCUUAGAUUUUCGGAGGGAGGAAUUUCGAUGUGUUGAAUUUCCUGAGAGGCGAAUGAUAAAUUUUUUGUUUGUUUUAGGCCAAUCUUUAGCAGUAUUUGGUAUUUCUGCUGAGAGUAGCAAUAUAUGGAUUUUGAGAGUGGAUGUUGGAGAGCGCGUGCCUAAAAAGCGGUGGUAUCUGUACGAUAGCAAAAAAUCGAGUUUAGAUGCAUAUAACUUCUUUCAACAGAACGAUAUUGGAAGGGUUACUUAUGAUGAAGACUCUGGUAAAAUUUUCGGUCUAACUUUGGUUUAA